AUGAAGUACACCGUUGCCUUAGCGGUAAUUCUAUUUCUGCAUAGCACGCAGGGCGAAGACAAACACUGGUCGUGGAAUGGCGACAACAAUGAUCAAAUCGCUCAACAACCUGAUCAGAAAGAAUUGAAUAAUUUUGAGGAAUAUCAGCCUUCUGCCAGUGAAUACGUAGAAAGCCCAGUGCAACUUAACGAAACCGACGUCGAGAAAGUCGUGGACGAAAUUUUAACUUCCACCAGGCAGGGUAGGGCUCUGGAUGGAUUUGGAGAAGUCUAUAGCGAUCCAACAAUCCAAGACGCUCUACAAAAAGGCGAUGAUGGAGAAGCAAGGAACAUUAUCAAGGAGAAGUUGUGCUCACUAGGUCUUAUGCAGUGUGAUGAACACAUAGAAGGAAAACGUCCAUUCAUCGCUCCCGAAGAACUCGUCUACGCACAACCCGUGGCGAUAAACCCCGUGGGCAAACCUAUCCCAACCAUUCCUGUGAAAGGAGUCAGGGGAGGUUACGGCCCACCCCAACCUGUACACUACCCAUCCCGCCCAGGAGGACCACCCGGAAAAUUCGGACCACCGCUAAAUAAAUUUGGUCCACAAGGCAAACCACCUCGUCGCCACUAUGGCCCUCCAGGACCUCCAAGUAAACCAUUUUAUGGCAAACCAACCCUUAACGGAGAAUAUUUCGAAGGGCCUGAGUAUCUGUCGAAACCUCCAGGUUUUGCACCAGGGGAUUUCAUCCCACCCCUUGCUCCUGAAGGCCCUUACAAAUUCGAACAAGGUGCUUUCCAGACGGGACAUCAUAAAGAUAAAAGAGUUGAAAUAACAGUCAACGCUCAAGGCGGUGCAGCUACAGCUAGCGGAGCAUCAACUGCUGGACCUGGAGCAGGUCUUUUAGAGCACGUCCACCAUCAUUACCAUCAUAAUCUCAAUGGAGAAAAGAAUCCAAUACCGAUUGCAGCUGCUGCAGUUUCAUCCGCCUCAGAAUCAUUAUCAAAUUCCUUCGGUAGCAACUCGGGAUCCUUUGGUGGCAAAUCCUUUAGUAAACCAGAUUUCAUCCCAAUUUCUUCAGGAAACUUUGGUGGCAAUUUCGAUAGUCCCGGCAGCGGUUUUACCAUUGGAGGAACAUCAGGAGCAUUUGGACCAACAGUAGGAGGUUUAACUGGUAGUUCCUAUGGAGGUCAAAGCAUAGCAAACUAUGGAGGAUCCUCUUCAUUUGGCGUUAAUUCCUUCGAUUCCAUUAAACCAGUGUCAGAAAACUUUGGAACGUCAAUAGGUUCCUAUGGUUCCUCAGGAUUGUACAAGAAGGAACUUAACGUCAAUUCCAUUAACAAUAACUACCUUCAAUCUAACUAUGCUGACAAGUAUCAAGGAGUCGAAUCUGCUAGAACCGAAAACUUCGAUUGCAUUUGUGUACCCUACAACCAAUGCCCUUCUCAUGACAUUAUCGGUCGUAAAGAUGAUCUGUACUUACCUCUAGAUCCCAGAAGCUUGAAGAGUGAUAUAGAAGCUGCCGUUGAAGAAGAGAGAGUUAUUACAGAUGGAAAUGGUACUAUGACAAUUGUAAGGAUUCCAAAAGGAGCGAAUUUCAACGCGACGGACAGCCAGACGACAGAUACGGAAGGAAAGAAAAUCAGCAAACGCGAAGCACCUAAUGAUAAGACAACGGAGAAUACCAGUGCCAAACCUGAAGCUCGCCAAUACGGAUCUCUUGACAUGAAGAAAAUCAAACCCACUUUAGGCAUUUCCUUUGGCUUACCCCAACAAGGAGGCGGUGGAUAUCCCAUCAAUCCUUACGGUCCCAAUCCCCACGUCAAUCCUUACAAUGGCGCCAUCGGAGGCGCGGGUAUAAACCUAGGGCUGGUUUCUGUAAAUCCCUUGGUAUCCAUUCAAGUUACAAAAGACGAUUAUGGUAACAAAGAGAUAAAACCAUUCGUCAAUUUGCACGUCACUCCAAAUAACUAUCUUGUUCAUAAGUUUGAAGACCUUUUAUCUUAUAAAAAGGCAGUCAUAUUUAAUAAACAUAAACACUAUCAUAUCCACAAGGGCCAUCGCCCUUAUCACUACCAUACUCAUCAUCCUUCCCAUCAUUAUCCUCACGAAUCGUAUCAGGAUCAUCACCCUAGCCAUGUCGAAUACGAUGGUCCGUCUUUUCCUCCAGGUCCUGUAUUUGAUCAUGGAAACUAUGAUUACGAUCAAGGCCACCAUUCUUAUCCAGAUCAUCAAUAUCCUGAACACGGUUCCUAUUUCGAUGACCCAUUGAAUUAUGGAGGUACUUUCGAUGGAGAUAUAGACUAUAAAAAUUCCUUCUAUGUACGAGAUUCCCGAAAUAAUUCAGAUUAUGUUGCUGGUAACAAUUUAUUACACCAAUACCAGCAACAGUACGACAAUGGUCAAAACUUAUAUGGAAAUUUAAAUGGUAACGACAAUGAUCUAGAUUACGGACAAAGUACGAACGAUUUCGAGUACAGUUCUCAUAGCAAUUCAAGGCGUGGUAAAAGCUUAAGAGUUUCAUCCCCUUCCAAUCCGAUAAAAUUCCCUUCUAGUAGAAAGAAACGAGACGUUACGCAAGACCAGACAGUAAAAAGCAAAAUUACUAAGCGUCAGUUUAGUGGAGCAUUUGGUCGUCCUCAAACCUGCGGACCGAGACAUGUUUGCUGCAGGAAACCUUAUCGCCCUCAAGUACCACAAUCGGCAAACCGCCAAUGUGGUUCAAGACAUGCUCAAGGUAUCAACGGACGUAUCAAGAACCCAGUUUAUGUCGAUGGAGAUAGUGAAUUUGGGGAAUACCCUUGGCAAGUGGCCAUCUUGAAAAAGGAUCCUAAAGAAAGUGUUUACGUCUGUGGAGGCACUUUGAUUGAUCCUCUUCAUGUGAUAACUGCUGCACAUUGCGUAAAAACUUACACUGGUUUCGACUUACGAGUUCGUCUGGGAGAAUGGGAUGUAAACCACGACGUCGAAUUUUACCCUUACAUCGAACGCGAUAUUCAGUCGGUCCAUGUCCACCCAGAAUUCUAUGCCGGUACCCUCUACAACGACAUUGCCAUCCUGCGAAUGGACAAGCCAGUAGACUGGUCCAAACACCCUCACAUCAGCCCCGCGUGUCUUCCCCAACUCCACGAUGACUACACCGGUACCCGUUGCUGGACUACCGGAUGGGGUAAAGACGCUUUUGGUGACUACGGAAAAUACCAAAACAUCCUCAAAGAGGUGGACGUACCAGUAGUCAACCACGCAGUAUGUCAAAGACAGCUUCAGCAGACUAGGCUUGGGUAUGACUUUAAACUUCACCCAGGCUUCAUCUGUGCUGGAGGAGAGGAGGGAAAAGAUGCUUGUAAAGGAGAUGGAGGCGGUCCUAUGGUUUGUGAACGUGGAGGCAGCUGGCAAGUCGUUGGUGUCGUCAGCUGGGGUAUUGGCUGUGGACAAGUUGGCGUGCCAGGAGUCUAUGUUAAAGUGGCUCACUAUCUCGACUGGAUAAAACAAAUCACCCAGAGAUAUUGAUACCUCCGUACAUAAAAACUAGUAUCACGAAAAGAGGAGAAUUUUAAAUAGUAACUCUUCCUCUGUGGUAGCCAAAUAACAAGAACGUUUUUAGUAUAUUCAUUUUAAGAGAUUGUGUGUACGGCAAUAUUUGCUAAUGACUUUUGACUGAAGUUAUUAGGUUAUAUUUUAUUUAUGUCAUUUAGAAUAAGCCUAACUUAUUUUUGUAAAUAAUAAGCACUAUUUUAAUUUUAUUAUAUUCUUGUUGUGAUAGU